UGCCGUUCGACUUCCGCCCUGCGACUUAGCGCACGCACCGUCGACUUCCAUACUAAGGAAGGAACGAAAAAUACCAAACCUUGCCAAACCACUUGUGCUGUGGAGGCUUGUUCGAAACAAUAUUUGCUUUACGCAAGGCAGGCGAUGCGAACGAUUUCAAUCCCGCCCAAGUUGUCAAGACCGUCGUCACGUUGAGCCCCGUUCGCGCCGCCGCAUAGACAGCACCGAUACGCUAUUGGGCGCCACGAUUCGCCUGCCGAGUGUCGCGACGAAAGCCAUACGUACGGUCUCCGCCAACAACUCAAUUGUCACCCAAUCCAUCAUAUGCUCCCAGCAGACAUCAUUAGUCACGAGACGGGCUAGAGUCGGGCCAGUCUUGUCACCUUGCGACCGCCCUCCGUCUACCUCGAGACGAUUCAAAACACGUCGAACUACAUGCAUAAGUCGGAGAGUCACGCCGUUUCCGCCAGUACCUUGGCCGAGCCAUCACAUCCGCUGCCGGAAAAAUAACACUUGCAACGUUUACGUCCGACGUUAUUCGCUCUCGACAAUUUUACGGCUGUGCCAUUCUUCUAGCGUGGGCCUGGGCCUGAGGGCAUUAUACUGCCCAGAAGCUCCAGCGAGACGGAGUAAUGCAGUCGGCCAGGGGAAAGCCCGAUCCGGGAAGGAAGGCAAAACUUGCCAACUCUUACCAGGCACUUCUCGAUGAAUUCUCUAACAAGGAACUCAAGACCGUGGGCAACUACGCGCUUGGUCGACUGAUUGGCAAAGGCUCCUUCGGAAAGGUCUACCUUGCCUCGCAUAAGCUCAUCAACGGGUCCAAGGUUGUCCUCAAGUCUGCCAAGAAAGAUGAUUCAAAUCUUGCCCGUGAGAUACACCACCACCGGCAAUUUGUGCACCCGCACAUUGCGCGGCUAUACGAGGUUAUUGUUACCGAAACAAUGGUGUGGCUGGUUCUCGAAUACUGCCCCGGCGAUGAACUCUACAACUAUCUACUUAAGCACGGGAAGCUGCCGGUGACAAAGGUCCAGAAGACUUUCACCCAGCUCGUCGGGGCCGUUACAUACGUUCACAUGCAGUCUUGUGUUCACCGCGACCUGAAGCUCGAGAAUAUUCUACUGGACAAGCACGAGAAUGUCAAACUGGUGGAUUUUGGCUUCACUAGAGAGUACGAGGGCAAAUCAAACCAUUUGCAGACCUUCUGCGGGACUAUCUGCUAUUCUGCGCCCGAGAUGCUGAAGGGCGAAAAGUACGCGGGCGAGAAGGUUGAUGUUUGGAGCCUUGGCGUUAUUCUCUAUGCGCUUUUGUGCGGAGAGCUUCCAUUUGACGAAGACGACGACGACGACACACGGCGACGUAUUCUAUCAGAAGAGCCGAAAUAUCCCGAUCAUAUUCCUCCAGAUGCGCUAUCACUUCUCCAAUCUCUGCUCUCCAAGAGACCUUUUCGACGGCCGGAACUUGGCGAGAUUCUGAAUCAUCCUUUCCUCGCCGACCAUGCUCCCAACCAACUGACGAUUCUGCAGGCGCAGCAACCAGCCGCUUUUUCGACAGCUCUAGACAAGGAUGUCCUCCAGCGCAUGCGCAGCGCUGGUGUCAACAUGGAUGCUGUGAUAGAGUCUGUCCUGUCGCAGAGAUGUGAUUCGCUUGCCGGGUGGUGGACCCUCCUCACGGAAAAGGAGCAAAGAAAGAUGUUGCGAAGAGAAAGGAAGCGCAAGGAGAAGGAGGAAAACCGUAUAUCACGUCGCUUGUCGACCACCUCCAGCAGGCUUGAGCGCCUGGCUACUGUCGGGGAAGAAUGGACGGGUUCCAGUAGUCAGUUCGUCAAGCUCGGCGACCCGCCCCCGCCGAGGACCAGGGGCAGGACAGAGCGCAGAAGUGCACACUAUCCGGACCUUCGCAUCCCAGACUUUCCCGGCCUCAAGGAUGUAAACAAUGUGAAUGCAGGUCUGAGUCCCGACGGCGAGAUACCUCCACCGCCAAUCGACAAAGAUUCCAUUAGGUCGGCAAGUUCUUCACGUCAUAGACGGCCGAUCCCUCCCCCGAAGGAGGGCGUCCUGCGAAGCGCGCGGUCUAGAGGGUCGACACUCCACUUGGUGACGACCAGCGAUGCCUUUGGCGGCGGCAGCAGCGGUGGAUCGGUCGGGGUUGGUGAAGAAGGCUCGCAAGGCCACGAGGGCUCCCAACAGAAGGUGAGGAAGAAACCUUCACAGGUCAUCGUGGCACAUUGGAGGAACUGGACCCACUGGAUCAUCGAGAACACGAGACGCAACAGGCAUUCAGGCCGUAGGGGAAGUCAUUCUACACCGAAUUUACUGGAAAGGGUUGGUAAGUCUGGGAACAAGGAUGCCAAGUCCAAGGAUGCCAGUCCUAGACCACAAACCAGCAAAUAUCCGGCGGCGGCCAACUCUUCCUCACAAACCAACGUUUCUGGCCUUCCCAAGGGCGUGGUAGCCAAUGGUUUUGGUUCCAAGACUACCGCUUCUGGGGCGCUGGCAUCACCGACAGGGGGUACAACCUCGGGCCCGACUGUGCCUCCAAUUCUUACUGCUCCAACAAAUACGUAUCCGCAUCAAAGGGUUGUUAGCGGCGGAAGCGGGUCUGCAGCUUAUAAGAGACAGUCACUCUCCCCAUCACCGCUCACGCCUCGCUCAGCACUCAGAAGAUCAUCGGCGGGCACAGCAGGACUCCGCGGCCGCAAGUCCACCUCCUCAUCUGUCUCUUCUGUGCGUUCUAUGCAUCACCGCCACCACUCUCACUCAAAAGCCAGCUCCACCAGCUCCAACGGAUCUGUGUCUACCAACAUGUCCAAGGCCACCAUGCACGCGACGCGGUCGCCUCACCACUCGGUCAAAGUACUACCUGCUACACCGACGAUGACUGGCUUCCCAAGCAACAUCAGACUCGUCCGAGGAGGCCCCAAUGACGCCAUGUCGAGUGGUUCACCGAUGCAGGCGCCGGGAUCCCCGAACCCCUUCGGAAUAGGGUCGUCCGUGACGUUUGCCAAGCGGAAGCGCAACCUCUUCAAGGGGCCGAUGCUCGCUUUCGGUGGAAGCAAUGGCAGUGGUACAAGGAGUUCGAGUGCCGGGUCGCACUCCCGGUCUGCCAGUGCAAACGGUCUCGGACGAAGAAGUGGCGAGAUCACGAUCCAAGAGGAGAACGAGGAAGACUUUGCGUCUGGAAAUGACGAUAUCGAAGAGGUUGAAUCUUUCACGCCUGUUAUCCGUCGGCCGGGUGAGCGGGUCGAGGAGAUUUUUGAGGAAGACGAGGCGGGCGAAAAGCCUGAAGACAAGGGUAACAACGGCACCGAGGAGGCCUUGGACAAUCAGGGCAAGGAGGGCUGCGACCUGAUGGUGGCACAGCCCAUCAGCCCAAUCUCGCUCAGCGCGCCGACUUUGGGCGAUGGCGAGCGAAGGGAUCUCCGCUGAUUUCUUUUACGAAUGUAACGACUACGGGUGUUUUUAAUCUGCGCAUAGCGCCCUUCUUUCUUCUUCUUUUUUUCUUUUGUUUCUAUUUGUGCUGGCUAUAGAAUCCAGCCCGUGUGUACUGCGCACAAACCUUUGCUUUAUGGAUAUCCCCUGGUGAGCGUUCCUGGUAUUGUCAUACGAUUGGACUCUACUACCUCUGGCUUGCUUUAGAUAGCUGCCAUCUUUUGUUCAAUAUUUCAGCAAAUAACUUGUUCCAUUGCACUCGAUCACCUAAGGCAUGUAUGAAAGUUUGAACUUCAUUUAUCUGUUAUUUUCUGUCAAGAUACCUGAAGACUAUUUCUUGCCCGUUGCA